AUGAUACAGACAUCUACAUCUGUACAACAUCAACACCAUAAUCCUUUAAAUAAUACUAAUCAAGAUGAAGAAUAUACAAAAUUAAAUAAUGAUGACACUAUUAAAAAUAAUAAUAAUCAAAUUAAGAUGAAACCUCAAGAACAUCCACAUAAUAAACAGAGCAUGGAGAUAACCAAACCAUCAAAUGAUGAAAGUAAUACCAAAAAUAAUACCAAAUUUACUUUGAAUCCUUCACCAGAAGUACAAAAGAUUCAACCUUCAAUAUCACAACCAUCCAAUCAAAUUAAACAAGAUCAAGAUACUAAUGGGAGUAAUAAUAACGAUAAUAACAAUAUUCCAGAUAAUGAAAACCAGAAUGGCUCGCAACAACAAGAACAACAACAAGAACAACCACAACAGCAACAACAGCAACUACCUUCACCUACUUCAUCACAUCAUAGUCAUGAUAGUAAAAAUUCAAAUAAUCCAAAGGAUGAAGAUCAACAAACUGGUUCAUUUAAUAACAAGACAUCAGAUAUAUCCUUCACAAAAAAAGAUUUAAGUAAAUCAAGAACUCAAUCAUUUCAAUCAGUUUUAUCAAUAGCAUCAUUAAAAUCAUUUAAACAACAACAUAUGUUAACUACAACUAAUCAAGCAGCAAAUCCUAAUUUAAAUAGAAAUAAUAGUUCAAAUAAUAAUCCUCAAUUAUUAAGAACAAAUUCUGCAAUGAAUAAUUUAAAAAAUUUUCAAUCUUUUAUACAAGCUCCAGUAUUAUCAAGUAUAAAUAAUCAAAAACUGUUUGAAGAUUUACAAAUUGGUGAACAAUUACCAUUUAAUGAUAAACCUGAGACAAAAAAGAAAAGAAGAAAUACAAAUAAAACUUCAAGUACAACAACAAGCACAGAAGAUGAUAAUGAAACCUCAGAUAAUGAAGAAACUUUACAACAACAAAAAAAUUUAACAUUAAAUGCAUUAAAAAAAUUAAGUUUAUCACCAAGACCAAUAACAAAUCCAGAUGAUUUAAUAAUAUCACAAGUUGAAGAAUCAAAUGCAGCAAGAAGAAAAUCUAAAACUCAAGAACCUUAUCAACCUGCAGAAGUUGAUUUAUCAUCAUUUGCAAGUUUAACAAGACAACCUAAAGUUACACCAAAAAUUCAAUCAUCACCAAUUCAUUCAAAUUCAAAUCCAACAACCAACCUAAUAGAUUCUUCUUCUUCUUCACAUAUAAAUAAAAAACAUUCAUUACCAAGAUUACCAGAAGGAGAAUUAGUUGAAUCUACUACUACUACCAAUACCACUAAUCCUACAUCAUCAUCUCAAAAUAUAAAUCAAUAUCAUCAAGAUUUAAAACAAUCACAAUUAGAAUCUUUUAAUCGUCAACAAGAAAUAAAACCACAAAGAGAUCAUUUUAAACAACCUUUUCAAUCUAUGAAUAUGAAUAAUUUAUCAUAUACUUCUCAAGCAAGACAUCCAGUUGUACCUCCACAAGAUAUAAAUACUAAAAGAAAACCUUCAAAUCCUGGGUUACAAAAUCAAGGGAUUAUGAAUAAUCAACUACAACAACAACAACUACAACAUCCAUCUGCAUCGGCCAAUCAACAACAACAGCAACCUAUACAACAACAACAUCCUUCACAUCAGCAACAUUCCAAUGAGAAACAAAGAACAAAUAAACAAUUACAACAAAUUAAAGGACUUAGAAAUCCAAUGUAUGUUCCAGCAGUAUUGAGAAUGACACAAAGUGGAGGUUAUUAUCUAUCAAAUAGAUCAGGUUCAAAUUCACCAGAUAUUUUAUCAUCAUCUCCAAAUCAUCAACACAAUCAUCGUAAUCAAUCUCAAUCUCCUGAUAAUUAUGAAACUCAUUUACAAGCAUUUGGACAAGGGAAAAGGGAUUCAUCAACAGCUUCAAUCAAAUCAACUGAUUCAACAUUAUCCCUCGAUUCAAAUAAUUCACCAAAAUAUACAUCAUCAUUAAAUAAAUUAAUUUAUUCAAAAAAUCAUGAUAUAUCAAAAGCUCCACCAACAAGAAAACAUUGGAUAAAAGAUGAUACUGUAUUUAAAUGUAGUAUACCAACAUGUACAAAAAUUUUUAAUUUUUUUGAAAGAAGACAUCAUUGUAGAAAAUGUGGUGGAAUAUUUUGUAAAGAACAUACUUCACAUUUAUUAUAUAUUAAUCAUAUGGCUCAAUUUACUACUGGUGGUAGAGGUACUUUAUCGAAAGUUUGUGAUAAUUGUAUUUCUGAAUAUAAUGAAUUUAUACAAAGAGAAUUUGGAGUUUCAAUUAAUCCAAAAUCACCAUCUUCAUCAUUGGAUUUAAAAAAUCAUAUAAUAAAUCCUACUAUACCUUCUAAUUUACAACCACAACAAAGUAAACAAAAUCAAAUACGACAACUGUUUAAAGAUUUAGAUAAAUCAAAUCAACAAAAAUUAAAUAAUAUGAAAUCAAAUAAUAUAAAUCAAAAUGGUAAUAAUAAUAGAAAUGGUAAUAGUAAUAGGAGUGAACAAUUAGUUGGAAGUGUUCCAGCAAAUUGGAGUUGGAGUUCAUUUUAA